AGUAAUAAAGCAUUUAGUGGCAAGUUGAAAUUGAGCAUUUAUACCUUGUAAAAUAUAUUAUAGAUGAAUACUGAAUUGCUUCCGUGUAAUUACAACCAAAGUUCGUUAAUUCAAUGAGUCAUUUGCUUUUUGCUUACUACUUUUGCAACGACAUACGGUCUUUUCAAACGUUAUUGAGACAAGAUGAUUAUAAAUCACGAGAAACAAAGAAGGGUUUGUCGGAAAAUGGUUCAUCAAAGUUAGACGUAAAUACUAAAGAUCGUUACGGACGCACUAUUCUUCAUAUAGCCGCAUUCGAGAAGAAAAACAAUUUUGUUCGAUCCUUACUACAGCAUAAAGGUUUAGACGUGCUCAUUCAAGAUGAAGAAUCCGGCUAUACUGCUUUACAUCGUGCCGUUUAUGUAGGAAAUCUUGAAGCUGCUUCCUUAUUACUCUCUAAGGAUCCUUAUAAUCUUUUAAAAGUAAAAGAUCAUGAAGGGCUGUCUCCUUUUCAGUUAUUGUAUAGAAUAUAUUCGGGCGCUCAUCCUCAGAAUAGCUUUCCAGUUCUUGGAAACGAGCUUUACAGUCUGGGGGACAAUGAAAAUAGUAUUCUUGGGUUUACGGUUUCAGGAAAACAAGAUAUGGCUAAGAGAGUAUUUCUGUACCGUAGGCAGAUGUCCGAUUCAACAUCCGGUCAACUGUUUCAUCCGGACAGAAUCGUUGAUAUUCAGUCCUCGAAAUUUCAUACCUUAGUUGUCACGGAUGAAGCAAGUCCAAAUGUGUAUUCCUGCGGCAUUGGGGCUGGUGGUAGACUCGGAUUUAGGAAAGACGCCCAGUAUACUUUUAUUCCCGUCUCAGACUUACCGUAUAAAGUGGUACAGAUUUCUGUAAGUCAAAAUCAUUCUCUUGCUUUGACAGAUAUUGGAAAUGUGUAUGCUUGGGGAUUGAAUACGUAUUUCGCUUUAGGAUUUAAUGUGGAUAGUUCAAAGAAAGAAGAUUUUAUUCAAGUUUCCCCAAAGCGGAUCUCCGCGUUUAAGGACUUGAACAUUAUUGGUAUUGUUGCAGGUGACACUUAUAGUGCUGCCUGGACGUCCUCUGAUUUAUAUACUUGGGGCCAGAAUGAAGGACAGCUUGGCCAUCCGGACGAUUCUUUUAUAAUAUCUACUCCCCGUCGAGUAGCCGGUAUAUCGUCCCCUGUUGUUAAGGCGACUUGCAAUUCACAUAGUCUUGUACUUUUAUUGGAAAAUAAUACCGUAUUAAUUCUUUCAAACUAUACGCAAAUGAAGGUGCCCUCGGCUAUAGAUUUAGAAAGUUCCCUCACGUUUACUAAGCACCCUUUAUCUCUUUUGCGAUUUAAUGUCAGAAAAGUCGAAGCUUGCGAGGAUAAUUUGGCAAUACUUACUGAACAGGGAGAGGUUUUUGUUGUUGAUUUAAUACCUUUAAGAUCUGCUAAAGAGCAAAAGCAAGCUUCCUUAUCUACAAAGCCUAGUAACAAAGGUGCUCUUAAAAUAACUUCAUUUUGGUCAGUAUUGUCACCAGAGAAUGCAGCAAAUGAUGUUGCUUGGGCUGACAAUAAUAGUCUUUUGUUAUGUCUAAAAAACGGCACAUGUUGGAUUCGACAAAUUCGUUCCAAAAAACGUGAAAAGGCAUCUUUGAAACAAAGUACUAAAGGAAUUUAUAAAUAUUCUUGUAUUGAAAAUGUACAAAUGAUAACUAAUGUUCGAACGAACGGUUUUGGAGGAAUUUUCACAAUUAGAAAUGAUUAUCGUCCUUCUACUAUUCCUUUUACCGUUCCAGAGUUGAAUGAUGUAUUCAGUUCCCUUCUUCCAUACGGAAGUAUCUUACAUAAAAGGACUCCCACUCUCAAACCAGCAGAAGACGAAGACAGCCCACCUUAUUAUGAUGACGACCGUGAUCCCACGGAGGAUGAGAUGCAGACUCUUUUUUAUAAUCCUGGAAUAAUAAUCAGCUGUUAUAGCAACUAUAAGAGUUCUUCGGCUGAUAUUUGUCUUCAAUGCGUUGAUAAAACUUUCUGGUGCCAUAAAUUCCUUUUGUCGGCCCGUUCUUCUGUUCUACGACAAAUAUUGUGUACUAGUAGAAACGUGAAGAAAGCAUGCCUACAAUAUCGAAUAGACGAGAAGGAGAAGCCUACUUUAGUAUUUACGGAUGUAUCUGCUAUGAGCGUCGCUGUGCUUCUGCAUUAUCUUUAUUCAGAUUCUCUUCUUCAACCUUGGAAGUGUGAUUCAAGGUUUAUGAAUAUAAAAGAAGAAUUACUAAAACUUAGCAGGAUUUUAGAUUUACCACACUUACAUGAAGUUUUACCUUUCACAACUCCUCGUCAACCUGUAAUGUCAUUAGCUAAAGAUGUGAACUCUCUCUUUUUGAACAAGACUGCAUUUAAUGAUUCAUGCGAUACGAUUAUUAAAUUAGAGGAUGGAGAAAUAAAGGCGAAUAGUUUAUUAUUAAGAAUUCACAGUGAUUACUUCGAUUCAUUUUUCACAUUUUUAGAAGGACAAUCGCCGUCCAAGGCUGAGCAGUACAUAGUGAACUUACCUGAUAAGAGCCUAUUCCAGUUUCAGCUCAUUCUUCGUCAUAUAUAUGGAAAUGGUAACUUGGAAAUUUUCGAUGAUAUGAAGGACUAUGAUUUCUAUAGUUGGCUGGAGACGAUGACAGUCAUGCUAAGUAUAUCUGAUGAACUUUUAUUUUCUCGACUGAAGGAAAUUUGUGAGCAAUCUUUGCUUCGGUUCUUGAAUUUGAAAACUCUGAAUGAUAUGUUUGAAUUGUCUUCUUGUUAUCACGCAUAUUCACUUUAUAAUCGAUGUGUUGAUUAUGCGUGUCAUAACAUAGGUUAUUUUUUGGAAAAAAAUCGAUUGAAUGAAUGGGAAACUAAACAUCUUAGCAAUGUUUCAAAGUCUUUAGAGGUGGCUUUACAAGAGCAAAGACUUCAUACUCAAACGAGUAAAGUUUUAAAUAAGCUAUUAUUUAGGAAUCCAAAAUAUUUAGAAGAAAAAGCAUACGAUUUAAAAGUACUGCGAGAGUUUCUGUUUUCGGGUGAAUCAACCGAGUUUUGGAGUAACUCUCCAUAUCGGAUAAACAAGGAGAAUGAUGUGGCUGCUUCACAAACCGGACCUCCAAAAGUUCCUAAUGAAUUGCCGGAACAAACAGUACAACAACCGUUUAGAACUACUGAAGCUGAACCGAAACAAGAUAAGACAAAUCAGUUUGCAAAUAAGGAAACUUCAGAGUUAAUAGGACAAUCACCAGGAUUGUUGUCCUCGAAUAAUGAAGGGUUCACGUCACAACGGACACCUAUAUCUGAAAAGACUAACGGGGAACUGAAUAUUAGUGGAGAGCGUAACAAAAACUUUUCGAUUAAUGAAAGAAAAGGUCCCUGGAACAGUACACGAAACGUCUUUGAAAAUACAAAAAAAGCUCCUAAUCGUGCGAAUCUGAGAGAACUACUUCAAGAAGCUAACGAUGUGGGCCAACCUACGCCAUCAAAUACUGAGUUUCGUGGUAUGAAAGGUGUGGUAAAAAAGUCACAAAAAGAGAAGAAAAAGGAGAUGUCUAAGCAACAACAGCCAUUUCGCAAGGGUGGUGUGAACGGAUUUAAUCCUGAACCCGUUGAAACAUCAGCGAACCCUUGGUCAAUGAAAAAAUCAUCGGCGCCUACAUCUAAAAAACCUUUCAAUGGAAUCCUUCGAGAAGUAGCAAGUAAUGAAGCACCUUCUCAAGUUUUUUACCAGGAACCUAAAAGACGUAUAUCGAGUGGAUCUCCGUCUAGUUGGAAUACAUCAGGAAAACCUUCUAGUCAGUCUUCAUCAUUGCCGAAGGGUGGAACGCAACCGAAUUCGUUAAUGGCGAUUAUGUAUGAGCAACAAGAGGAAAUUGAGGAGCGAAAAAAACGUCUAGCAAACAGGAAGUCAAUAGAGGAGAUACAACAGGAGGAAGAAUUUCAAAAAUGGUGGGAGGAAGAAAGUCGUAAAGUCCAGAAGGGACUAGGAAUCAUCAAACCAGAAGAGGAGUCGAAUGACCCUUCUCGCAGAAGAAGGCCAAAGAAGAACGACAAAAAGAAUGCGACUUCAGCAAAUAAACCAAAGUCCCAACCUAUAGAUAUUCCUCCAGCAAAUAUGAAAAAGGGUAAAAGCCGAGUAUAUCGUUGAAUUCAUUUGUAUAUUAUAUAAAAAAAGGAAUUUUUAUAAACCGACCUACGUGAUGGAUGAACUUACUUUAUUUAUUUUUGUGCUGUAUAUUCCGGCGUUUUACUUAAUGGAUAUAGAAUGAAAUGUACUUAAUAAGCUAUCAAGUAAUAUCGACAAUAAUUCAAAGCUUCUUUUUUCUGCACAUUACUUGCUUCUCGAAAAAUCGGGCAUAGUAUUUUCUAAAAUAAAAAAUUUAGAGUGGAUAUUCAUUACCACAUUGUCGGAAGCAUCUUUGAAAAAAAUAAAAAAAAUAUAGAGGGGGUGGACAAUUUAAGCAAUUAAACAUUUGACGUAAAAAGGUACUUAGGAACUUCAAGAACAAGUCGAGAAGACGUAAGUAUAUAUGAAGUGUUUAUCUUUCAACCAUUAAGGAUGAACUUAAACAAAGGCAAGGUAGCCGGAAGUCAACACAGAAAGGAUGAGGGCAGCAUAACCAGUACGAUAGACACCCUUAAGAGUCAAUUCUUUGGUGGUAUCCCAAACCAAGUGACGAAGACCGUUGAAAAUGUGGAAAGUUAGGGGAUAGGAGAUGGCGAAUUUGGCAGGAACCUUUAUCCAAGCAGGAACUUGUUGAACAAGACUAGAAAUAGUCUCGGUAUCAAGAGAGUAACCAGCCAAAGGAGCAACUAAGUAGCCAGUAGCAAAAAGAUAAAGAGUACCAGCCAAAACAACGCCAGUGACACGGUGAAGACUGGAUAAGUACCAUGUAAGUUGAGGCUCAUAAAUGCUCAAAUGGGGAGAAUUGGGACGGCGAAGACGCUGAUCAGCAAGACGGGAACGGCCUUCCAUGUCGGUCAUGUGUUCGGUAACAACGGAGCGUUUCCAUACAUUUCUUAAUAAAGAAGAGGAAGCCAAGGAGUUAGAAGGACGUAACAAUUGAGAGGUAGAGCGGAAAAAACCAGGGGAGAGAGAAUGAAAUGUACG